AUGACGCUUGGCUCAGCAGGAUCCAGUGUCGUCGUUCCAAGGAACUUCAGAUUGCUGGAGGAACUUGAAAGGGGAGAAAAAGGUAUUGGUGAUGGCUCAGUUAGCUAUGGUAUGGAUGACGGAGAUGACAUUUACAUGCGUUCUUGGACUGGAACCAUCAUUGGACCCCAUAAUACUGUACAUGAAGGAAGAAUCUAUCAACUGAAGCUGUUUUGUGAUAAAGACUACCCAGAAAAGCCUCCAAGUGUUCGGUUUCAUUCACGAAUCAAUAUGACUUGUGUUAACCAUGAAACUGGCGUGGUUGAACCAAAGAAAUUUGGGCUUCUUGCAAAUUGGCAAAGAGAGUACAGCAUGGAGGACAUACUGACCCAGCUGAAGAAAGAAAUGGCCGCUCCUCAUAACCGUAAGCUUGUCCAGCCUCCAGAAGGAACUUACUUUUAA